AUGAACAUAAUUGUAUCAACUGAAACAGAGAGACAAAAGAAAUUCGGUAAAGCAAGUCAGGCACGACAACGAAAAAUCAACAAUGUUCAAGCAGUUAAGUCCAGUUCAGCUGAUGUGGAAGAACCCAUUGAGCAAGAUCUUCUAAACCAAGUAGUAAAAGAAAAGAAAGGACCCAAGCAAGGUGAGCUAGUUUCUGCUCUAAAGACAGUAAAAGCAGAACUUGCUGAGCUUAGGGAAACUCUGACAAACCAACAAGCGAAAGCCAAGGAGCAAGAAACUGGGUAUAAGGAAAACCAAGCGGGACGUAGGGGAAGAUUAUGUACAAAGUGUCAGGAAGCCAAAGAACUAAACUGUGACCACUGUUUUCGAUGUGGUAGUUCAGACCACUUUGCCAGAGGAUGCAAGAGACCGAAUUCGGGAAACGGAAGAUGGCUGCAGCCGAGGGACAGGAAGUAGCCAGUAAAUCAAGUAAGUCCCAUUUUUGUUCUAAAUGUUUAAAAACUGAACAGUAUGGAAACUCCUUUUCAAGAUGUUCUGGUUGUCAAUUAGUACGAUAUUGUUCAAAAGAGUGCCAGAAACAGCACUGGAAAGAACAUAAAGUACUGUGCAUGUCAGUUAGAGAACUGAAAGUUGAUAACAAUUCCAAUGCUAAGGGAAAUCAGGAUAUUGGUACAUAUGUCAGCCAUUUAACCUCAGGAGAAUAUUCAAACGUCGUGGGUUUAGUGGGUAGAAGAUGUAUGGUACAUUUUCAGUUAAAUGGACAAAAAGUACAUUCUGUACGGGACACUGGUGCACAAGUGUCACUGAUCUCAAAAAAAUGGCUGGAUGAACAAUUGCCUGAUGCACUUAACUCCCUCAUUGAUCUCCUUUCAAGUCCACCGAUUCUAGUGUAUCCCGAUGUAAACCUGCCGUAUACAUUAUAUACUGAUGCUUCAGACAAAGGCCUCGGUGCUUCUCUUUACCAAUGUCAAGAAGGCAAGCUGCGAGUGAUUGGAUAUGGUUCGCGGACGUUGACAACAGCCGAAAAGAAUUACUAUUUGCAUUCUGGGAAGCUUGAAUUCCUGGCUUUGAAGUGGGCCAUCACAGAACAUUGUAGAGACUACCUCUAUUACGCGCCAUCGUUUGUUGUAUAUACCGACAAUAAUCCAUUAACGUACAUCACAUCCUCAGCCAAGUUAAAUGCUACUGGACAUCAUUGGUUAGCGGAACUAGCCGACUUCAACUUCACCAUAAAGUAUCGUCCUGGCCGUAAGAAUCAA